AAACGAUUUUAUAGAAUUCCUCCAAUCCAUAUCAAUUGACCUGGAAUGACGAUGCGGCUUCGGGGAAUUUCCUGGCGGGAGUGUGGUUGUGGGUCCUUAUCGCCCAGCCAACGUCCGUGGGCAUCGAAGGUUGUUUUGAGCUGACCUUCUUGGCAAUACGAGUACCCGCCAGCCACCGCAUAUCUUCUUCCCCAACCUCCACACAUCCACACCCUCGACCACACUCUACCACUCCCUCUCACCCCAUUCGUCCCUCUUUCCUUCUUUAGAGGGUAUUGGAAUUUUUUGCUGUUUUUUUUGUUGCCUUUCAACUCCCGACCAGUCCAUAAUAUCAACGCCGUUGGCAGCUUGGACACCAUGCCUGGAACUGUGUCGGAGGGUCCCUCUGUUUCCUUGAGCUUUGCGAAUAAUUUCUGGGGUAAAGAAGAUGCGGGAGUCGAACCUUUAAUGCAGCGCAUGCACAAUGCGAAACAGACAUGCGAUGAAAUAAAAUCUUUCUAUACUGGUAUGUAUCUCAUGCCGCAAACACUCCAUGUCAAUAUCGCCAAGCUAACAUUGGCACAGCUCGAGCAGCAAUCGAAGAUGAAUACGCCCGGAAACUGUUAAAUCUGUCCCGGAAGCCCCUUGGAUCUCAUGAAUCUGGAACACUUCGAGCGUCGUUGGAUGUGCUGAGAGGAGAGGUUGAGCAAAUGGGAAAGUCACAUCAAAAUGUUGCGAGCCAGAUGAAGACGGAACUCGACGAGCCGCUGGCGGCGUUUGCAGGUGCAAUGAAGGAGCGGAGAAAGAUUGUACAAGGUGGAAUUGAAAAGCUUCUGAAAGUCAAGGUGCAGCAAACAAACCAAGUCAAUAAGGUAGGUGUGUCUCUCCCAGCGUUUGCAUCAAAUUGCUGACUGUACCAUAGACUCGAGAUAAAUAUGAGCAAGAGUGUCUCAAGAUCAAGGGAUAUCUCGCCCAGGGUCAUAUGGUUAUGGGACAGGAAGAGAGAAAGAACAAGGCCAAAUUGGAGAAGACUCAAAUCAAUCUUGCCACAUCCAACACAGAAUACGAGGCUGCUGUCAAAAUACUGGAAGAAACGACUGGACGAUGGAACCGAGACUGGAAAGCGGCUGCGGACAAGUUCCAAGAUCUAGAGGAAGAACGAUUGGACUUUCUGAAAGCUAGUUUAUGGGCCUUUGCCAAUAUUGCGUCGACAGUCUGUGUUAGCGAUGAUGCCUCGUGCGAAAAGGUCCGGCUAUCACUUGAAAAUUGCGAAGUCGAAAAGGACAUUUACAGUUUCAUCAAGGAGCAAGGAACUGGACAGGAAAUCCCCGAUCCUCCAAGAUAUAUCAAUUUCUGCCGUGGAGAUGUCAGUGAUACGCAAUCAGAAUCAUCCGAAGACGAGAAUUAUUCUGUGGCUCAAUUCCAACGAACUAUCAAUCCAGCUUAUAGAAGCUCCUCGCCUCAACCAUCAACCUACGAAUCACACCACGAUCCCAAGUCGGCUCUGGUGAAAGAGCUUUUACAUGACCCAGGAACUCCUCCAAGCCGUGAGGCCACACUUACUCCACAGAAGGCUCAAACUGAGCGUACUCGACAACAACCACAUGUUGCAUACCAACCACCUUCCGUCCAAGAUGCCCCUCCACAAAACGUUACCCCAGACCGGUCAAGGGAAGAAUAUGAACCUUCGGUUCAACAAGAUCGACCAAGACGGCUGCAAUAUGAACCAUCUACCCAACAAAGUACUGCUCCAGAUAGGUCAAGGGAGCAGCAAUACGAGCCUUCAAUUCAACAGGAUACUACUCCGGAACGUUCAAGGCAGGAGCAAUAUGAACCCUCAAUUCAGCAAGACCGACCAAGGCGGCUGCAAUAUGAACCGUCUAUCCAACAAAGCACUGCUCCGGAUCGGUCAAGGGAACAGUAUGGUGCUUCGGCCCAGCAGAAGAAUACUAUGCCAGAUCGAGCAAAACAGCUGCAAUAUGAUCCUCCUCAGAAAUCCCGACAUCCGUUUGAGCAGCCUCCAGCGUUGACGGCAGUGCCCCACGACCCAUAUCCAAUGGAUGGUAUGACAAUGCUUUGUAGAACUGGGCCUCCUUCGGAAAGAAGCUCAGCUCAUAGUCCAAUGAGACCAUCAAGCCGUGACUCUCAAAGUGACUAUUCUAAUCCUACAUCAUUUUCCAGUCAAGAACCACCAAGCGGAAAGACUUCGCCCACAAAACAGGUUGCUGCCCCGCCCCCGGAAAAGCAAGUUAUGAAGAAAAAAAGUGGCUUUUUCCAAAGUCAUAGUCCUUUCAGAAGAAAGAGUAACAAGGACCGAGAUGGGGGUCCUAUGAUGCCACCAGCAAGUCGCAACACAUGGGCAUCUAGCCGCACAAACCAAAAUCGAGUGUCUGUUUCACAACCAAGGCCACAGUACGGUGCGAGCUCACAAACCUCACAAACCAUGAUGAUCAGUGACAAGCCAAGUGCCAGUCCUGAACCAGUUGAUCCUCGUGCCAACUUCCAACUGAAUGUAGGAAACAAUGUUUUUGAUGUUCAAACAACAGAGGAAAAGGGGAAAUCUGCUGAAGAGGAAACCCAAGAAGAAUUAGAUCCAAUCGCUCAAGCUCUCGCAGAACUGAAGGGUGUCACGAAAGCGUCUUCACAGCGUGUCUCUGCAGAUAACUAUCACAACAUUCCAACUCCAGCUCCAGGAGCCAACCCUGCUAGACCGGUGGGAAGUCAGAUGAACAAUGCAGCUCUUAUGGCAGGUAUGCGUGGAACUCCUCCGCCAUCCUAUGAUCAACCAGUCUCGAGACUUGGGCUACCACAGCCAGCCUUCACAUCUAAGGCCAUGCAACAAACCCGUCAGAAGUACGAGGACCAAACUCGAAGCAUGUUCACACCACCCCAAGCACGACCAGAUUCGCAAGGAGGAUAUGGUUCAGGGGCGCAAUCUCGAGCGCAAUCUCGACCUGGCACAAGAGGUAGUGAUAUGCCCCGAGCUGUCUCGCCGGCCCCUACACGAAGAGCUGUCUCGCCUGCUCCUACUCAUUCUACUCGCAGCGUUUCGCCCCGCCCUAAUAUGCAAAUCGAAGUAAGACAAACGCAUCGCUCUGUUUCCCCUAAUCCAUAUGGUGGUAGUCAACGAUCCAGGACACAGUCAUCACCCCAAAAGCGUACUACCACUGAACAGGAUUACCAUAAUCGUCACAAUUCUGCAACGGAUCUUGCUCGAGGUCCUUCUCCAGCACCAUUCGCACAACAAGAGAGGCCAAACAGUAGUCAUGUCAAUCAUGUAAAUAGUGAUAUGGCCAUACAACUUGCUCCCUCUUCCAGCGAUAGCUAUGCUGGCUCUCAAUAUGGAGGCUCUCAAUAUGCUGGUUCUCAAUACGGUGGUUCUCAAGGCCGAGGAAGCAGUCGUGCGGGUUCGUCGAGGACAAUGAGUUAUUAUGGAGGACAAUCUCAGAAUGGGUCUGCAACUAGGUCUCGGAGUAAGAGUGUGGCGGAUGUGAGACAGUACAACCGGGAAGGACGACCGAUUUUGCAUUUUGGUAAGUCAUCCAUACCCCUCUAAUAUUCCUUUUCUGGUGAGUAAUGUGCUGAUUAUUGCUACAGCUCGUGCUAUGUAUAUGUACCAAGCUGCCAUUCCCGAGGAACUGAGUUUCUCCAAGGGGGACAUCAUGGCGGUCCUGCGACUCCAGGAUGAUGGGUGGUGGGAAGCGGAGAUUGCGGGGAAGAAUGGGCGGCCCGGGUUGGUUCCUAGUAAUUAUCUUCAGAAUUGUUGAUCAAAUUUUUCUGGGUUUUGGUUGGGAUGAGCAAAUGAAUGGGAUGGAGGCGAUGAAUCGGGUGGAGGCAAUGGGGAUGGACGGGGAUGGAUGGGGACGGGAUGAGGCAUAAUUCAAAAUGGGAAUUCGGUUGGAACGGAUGGGGUGAGUGGGGAUUUUCUGUGUCUAUACUUCAUACUUGAUGAUGAGGUUGAUGCGGGAUUUUGAUAUCAGGGGUGGACGGGGAUUUCUUGUGUGAAUACUUCAUUUCAUGCCUUCAAGGAGGGAGGUAUUUACGAAGGAUGGAUCUUGAUCUUGAUCUUGAUCUCGAUUACGAUGCAUUUGUUCUCUUUUCCUUUUUUUUUCUUCUUCGAUAUAUGGGCUUGGUUGUCAUAGCUUGGCAUGGCAUUGUAUACAUCCAUUUUCCUUUACCUUUUUUAUCUCUCUUUUCUUUCUUUCUUUCUUUCUUUCUUUCUUUCUUUCUUUCUUUCUUUCUUUCUUUCUUUCUUUCUUUCUUUCGUCACUUCUUCUUUUUUUUAAUGAGGCGAUUGAUUACUUGAUUACUUGAUUACUACAUACAUAGCGAUGAAGCGAGUUGUGAGAUUUUAUGGUAUGAAUGGAGUUUUGCUUUACUUGGCUUCUUUUUGAUGACUUGAUGACUUGAUGUUUUGAUGGCUUGUGAUAUAUACUGUAUGGUGUGUUUUGGGUAAGAGAGACGGCACGCUAUCAAAAGUCAUUAUACUAAAAGUCUGGCACAAGUAACUUAAUUGUCC